GUCUCAAGGUCGCGUCUCCUACAACUCGCUCUGCCUCUUGUGAAGGAGUAUGGCUUCACGCGGGAAACGUUGGCGCGUUCAGCGCUCGAAUGGCCACAGCAACCUCACACACAGCCCCUCUCAGAGUCAGCAGUGUCUACGCUCUUCGGGGAGGGCGAUGCCGCCCGCAGGACAUUGAUCGGUGCGUGGCUCGAAGAAGGUCAAAUCCAAAUGCGAGCCCAGCCAGUAUCGAACGUGAAAGACGCGCUGAACAACAGGCUGCGAUAUAAUGAGCCAGUUUUGCCUUUGCUGCCGGAGGCGUUCGCUCUGCUGGCCUCGCCGAAAUAUGGCCUUCCUCCCUUCGACGUCAGGCCCGCUCUGCGUCAUGCUACGAGCAUCGCAGAUGAGGCUUGUCAUCUCGCCAAUGAUGCGUCGACUGGGACGUCAUGGUAUGCCCGACGGGCUACCCUAGCGGCCAUCUAUACGGCAGCAGGCAAGCAUUUCUCCAAGCUUCAUCAGCUCACGUCUCCCCGAAGCGCGCCAGACUUCUUAGAAUCCCUGCUGACUACCGCAAAUGAGACGGAACUGUUCUCGCGAUACAUCAUGAAGAGCUGGGCCGGCAUAAUCAAGAGUUCAGGUGUAUUUUGA